GUCUCUUAGAAAAAAUUGGAAAAUAUGCUGGGCCUGUUUUUGUAGGCGGCUGCAUGUUUAUUACCUAUGAAGUCCUGGCACUGAGAGAAGCUGUCACUCUUGACACACAGGCAGUAGAACAAGAGAAAUUGAAAUCGUAUAUCUAUGUGCAAACCUUCCCACUAGAACAGCAGGGCUUACAAGGAAUUACAUACAAGGCUCGAAAAGGAUUGCACAGAAUGGCUAAAAGGCUGGUGCAGGCUACAGCGAGGAUUCUUUCUCGGCCCCUGGAUGAACAUUUCACAAAACUUGACGUGGAAGACCAUGAAUUUGCUUUGUGGCUUCUCCUAAAGAGAACUCAGUCUAGAGUGAAAGGAGUCCGAAUACAGGCGACCCGGGACCUGACAGAGAGUCAUUGGCAUGAUUACCAGUACAGGACAGUGGCCCAGGCUUGCGAUCAGAAAACUAAGAUCGGACUAGCUAGAACUAAAGAUGUUGACCUUCGCUUUUUUCUGCCUCCUCCACCUUUGUUACCAAAAGCAGAUGAGGAUUGUUGUAUUGAAGAUGAGUUGAGGUGUCUGCUGGCUUCCCUGUCCCAGUCAGAGGUGGAUUUGUGUGUACAACACUUCACUUCUCUAGCUCUACGAGAAAGCAAUCAGUCAUUGGCGGCAAAAAGGGGAGGCUUAUGGUGCUUUGGAGGAAAUGGGCUUCCUUAUGCGCAGAGUCUAAGCUCCAUUCCUAUUGAAAAAGUUGAAUCCUUUUGUCUGCAAGCUUUAGUCAAACAUUCCAAGGUUCCCAGCCACUGUGAGCAGAUUGUAUCAAAUGGUGGUCUACAGUUGCUCCAGAAAAUAUACCAGCUGCGGAAAGAUUCUCAGAAAAUUCAGAGAAACGUCCUCCGGACAAUCGGAAAUUUAACUUUGCAUGAACCUCUUCACUCAGCCAUUGUGCAAUCAGGAUGGAUUGCUAUCCUGGCUGAAGUGAUGAAGUCUCCAAAUAUUAUUCAGGCUUCACAUGCUACAAGAGCCUUGGCUAAUCUUGACCGGGAUACAGUGCAGGAAACAUAUGAGGAUGGAGUGUAUAUCCUUCAUCCUCAGUUCAGGUCCAGUCAGCCAAUAAAGGCAGAUGUCCUGUUUGUCCAUGGUCUGCUGGGAGCAGCGUUUAAAACCUGGCGCCAAAAGGACCACAUUGAGCCACCAGAGGAAGAGGUUAAUUAUACCCAGUGUUGGCCAAAGACAUGGCUAGCUGCAGAUUGCCCCAACCUAAGGAUUUUAUCAGUAGAGUAUGACACCCACCUCAGUGACUGGAGAUCUAAGUGCCCUGUGGAGAAUGAAAGGAAGUCCUUGGCUUACAGGAGUCGUGAGCUGCUGACUAAACUGAAAGCUGCAGGUGUUGGGAAUAGGCCAGUGGUUUGGGUGGCACAUAGUAUGGGAGGCUUGCUAGUCAAACAGAUGCUGUUGGAUGCUAAAGAAGAUCCAGAAAUGAGAGCAAUGGUUCAGAAUACUCAAGGCAUUGUAUUUUACAGUGUGCCCCAUCAUGGAUCUCGCUUAGCAGAAUACUCCAUUAAUGCUCGAUUUCUGCUAUUUCCUUCUGUUGAAGUCAAGGAGCUUAGCAAAGAUUCUCCAGCUUUAAGAGACCUGAACAAUAAUUUCAGGAAUCUAAUAGAAGAGCAGAAGAUCAACAUGUUGAGUUUCGGGGAAAUUCUACCAACAAAUAUCGGCAGUAUGAUCAGACUGCAUGUGGUUCCGCUAAAUUCAGCAGACAUGGGGAUUGGUGAUUUUAUUCCUGUGGAAGUCAAUCAUCUAAACAUUUGCAAACCUGGGAAUAGAAACUCAUUCCUUUACCAGCGCAGUCUGCAGUUCAUAAGAGAUGCGGUGGCACAAGAACUCAAGAGGUGAAUCAAGAAGCCUGCUCCACCUUCACGUGCCAUUGGUUUUAUGUCAAGAACUGAGUCCCUCUUUCCGGGGUGGUGAUAUCAUGCUUUUCCUUGAUUGUGCAAACUGAAUCUCACAAUUAUGAAGAACAUAAGAACAUAAUCAAGACCGUUUCAAGGACGAUGUUGAUAAAUGAAAGUAUGUAAGAGAUGUAAGAUUUUAAGUAUGUAAAAUGUAUUUCAACACAGAGCCAUUAAAAGUAACCAGGAAUUUUUUUUUGUGGGGUGGGGCAAGAACCUCGUACAAAGUAUUGUUUGAUGACAGUUGUGGUGCUAGGUUUCAUAUUUUUUUACUUUAAGUCAACAGCCUUGUUCCCUCAUUACAGAAGUCUC